UGAGCGUCACUUCGAAUCCUGCUAAAUUGCUAAUACUAGUAAUGCACCUCUCAGUGAACGUUACCAUGAGGCGCCAUCCCUGCCACCUGCCCUCCAAGCCUGCGGGGCGAAGGAGAUUUGUGGAGGGAAAGAAAGAGCCUGGGGCGCACCCGCUCCCCGCAUUCGGUGGGAUUACCCGAAUUGUCGGUCUCGUUCCCCCUUGGCAGUUUGCCCAAGACCACAUUGCCGGCAACUAUUUUGUUUGGCUGCCAUUCCUAGCUAGACGAGGCUGGGCGGAACAUACAUGAUCCAGGCUUCAACAAAAUGUGCAUGAGGAAACCUUGUUUUUAUCUUCCGGAGCUCGAAGAAAUCUAUAAGAUCUGGAUAAAUCCUCGAGAUCAAUCAUCCAACUCAGCUCUACAGAGUCAAAACUCCUCCACAACCUUCAGUACUUCCUCAAUCUUCAACAGCUCCAACGGCUUCCUCAUCCUCACCUAUAUCCCUCACUAUGGGUCUCGCCUCAGAGCCUGAGUCUCCCGCAAAGACCGACGCCCUCCACGUCGAGAAAGUUUCAACAUCCUCUCGCGAUGGAGGAUCUGAACACCUUGAGGACCUUGACUCUAUCGAACAGACGCAGUCUGGAAAAUAUGCCUGGCUUGUAGCCAUCACCGCUGGUGUUGGUGGGCUUCUCUUCGGCUACGAUACUGGAAUUAUCUCUGCAGUCCUCGUCUAUCUUCACAGUGAUCUUGGCAAGAUCCUCACCGCUAGCGAGAAGGAAUUGAUCACAUCCAUCACUUCUGGCGGUGCCUUUAUUGGCGCCAUCGCUGCCGGUCUUACAGCUGAUCGCUUUGGGCGAAAGGGUGCUAUCUACAUGGGGUGCAUUCUUUUCAUCGUCGGUGCAGUUCUCCAAGCCUGCGCUUACUCUCUGGCUCAGAUGACUGUCGGUCGUCUUGUUGUUGGUUUCGGCGUUGGCUCGGCGGCAAUGAUUGUCCCACUGUAUAUUGCCGAGGUUGCCCCUGCAAAGUAUCGUGGUCGCAUGAUUGGACUGGAUAAUAUGAGUAUCACUGGAGGGCAAUUGAUCUCUUAUGGUAUUGGAGCCGGUCUUGCGAAGGUUCCUCACGGCUGGAGAGCCAUGGUGGGCCUUGGAGCUGUUCCUGCCAUUGUCCUCAUGGGCUUGUUGCCAUUCUGCCCGGAGUCACCCCGUCAGCUCAUCUACCACGACAAGCCUGAAGCUGCGGCCGUUGUCAUUCAAUCUAUUUUCCCCAACGGAACUCCCGAGCAGGUCCAGCAAAAGAUCAGACACAUCAGCGCCCACGUCGCCGAAGCCAAAGCUCUCAAGGAAGGCAAAGGAAAUCUCUGGCUUCUCAAGCAACUCUACGUCGUCCCAGGCAAUUUUCGAGCACUCAUCGCGGCCUGUGGCCUCAUGGCUAUCAGCCAACUUGGUGGAUUCAACAGUCUCAUGUACUACUCUUCAACACUCUUCGCUCUUGUCGGUUUUGCCAACCCUGUUGCUGUCGGUACCAUCAUCGCUGCUACAAACUUCUUCUUUACCUGGGUCAACUUGAUGGUCGUCGAUCGCUUUGGCCGAAGACGCAUCCUGCUCUCCACCAUGUGGGGAAUGGCACUCUUCCUUGCCCUCGCAGCUGUCGCAUUCCACUGGAUCCCAAUCAACCACGAUCUCUCGCUUAAGACCAACAAGAUUGGAUGGCCCGCUUACGUUGUUCUCGCCUGCAUGAUCAUCUACGUCGGCUUCUACUCCUCUGGCAUGGGCAACACCGCCUGGCUCUCUUCCGAGUUCUUCCCCAUGGAAAUUCGCGCAUACGGUACCAUGAUGCUGACCUGCUCAUGCUGGGGCUCCAACAUCAUCGUCGCUUCUACCUUCCUCACACAGAUGGAGAACACCACCCCUUCAGGAGCUUUCGGUUUCUAUGCUGCGAUCUGCUUCUUCGGUUGGAUUGCAGUGUAUUUCUGCUACCCUGAGGUGAAGGGCAUGACUUUGGAGGAUAUUAGGGAGAUCUUCAAGCAUGGGUUUGGUGUUAAGUAUGCGAGGGAGUUGCAGAAGGAGAUGAAGGCGCAAAGACAGGUUGAGAACAGCAGGGCAUAGAUUCGGGAAGGGAAGGGCACGAUGACAGGGCAGGUUGCGAUUUAUAGCGUUCAUUCUCAAG